AUGAGCAUGCAAGAUUUGAUCGACGACCGCGCUGAGCUGGAUGAUGAGGAAGACGAAGAAUCCUUCGCUGGAGACGAAGAUGGUGAUGAUGUUCAGCCUCGCCGCCGACAAGAGCGCCAACCUGUGGAUGACUCCAGCGAGGAAGACGAGGACGACGAUGACGAAGAGGAGGCACGAAAGAUUCGCGAGGGGUUCAUCAUCGACGACGAUGAAGACGAAGAAGCGAAUGACUCCGAUGAGCGAGAGCGUCGAAGACGUAGAAAGCGCAGGCGAGCGGAGCGCGACGAGGAGGCUCAGCUUGAUGAGGAAGACUUAGACCUCAUUGGUGAGGCCAACCCCGAGUUCCAGAGCAGAGAACAGUCUCAGUCGCACUUCAAACGCCUCAAGCGCGGUCAUCGCGAUGAAGACCGUCACAAUAAACGAACGGGCCGACUGGAGGAAAUGUUCUCAGAAGACGAAGAUGAUGCCGUCGACGAUCGCCAAUACGCCCGCCCGAGCCACGGCCGCGCUGCCGUCGACGAGUUCGAUGACUUCAUCGAGGAUGAUUACGGCGAUGAAGAGGAGCGCAUCAGGCAGCAAGAGGAUAUGGAAGUCGCUCGUGGGCGUGAUCGUCUUGAUGUCGGCGACAUGACCGGCCUGGACAAAGAGACACUAGAAGACAUGGAAGCCAUCUUCGGCAACGGCGAAGAGUAUCUAUGGGCUCUAGAGAAAGAGGAAGACGAGGAAGAAGGUGUCGAAGAACAGCAGCUCGAGCUCAAGGACGUUUUUGAACCUUCUCAGCUGACCGAGAGGCUUCUGACGGACGAGGACAACGAGAUACGCGCCACAGACGAACCGGAGCGAUUCCAGCUUGAUCGGCGGCCAUUCAAGAAGUCCCAGAUCCAACCAGAUCUAAAAGAAGAGACGAAAUGGAUAUCGGAUCAGAUGUGGGCUUUCAAGAAGUACAACAUGGACGAAAUGCUGGAAGGUCACUUCGCCAAAGCCGUCAGCAAGGUUCUGGAGUUCUUUAUCAUCGACUCGGUCGAAGUGCCCUACGUGUUCCAGCACCGCAAGGACUAUCUAAUUCACGCCAGAAAGGCGAGAAACCCGGAUUAUAACCGGCGGGAUCAGGAUUCGUCUGAAUUCAUAGUACAAGCCGAGAAACUAUUGAACCAGGAUGACCUCUGGAAGAUCCUGGAACUUGAAAGCAAAUUCCGUGGGUUCGUUGAGAAGCGAGCAGCGCUAGAGAAGAAUGUUGCCAGCCUCCGCGGCCUCGAUGUGGAGGAUAGCAUGCUUGAAGAACAAAUAACGGCGGCAAAGCAGAUGGAAGAGCUUCAGGACUUGCUCGAUUAUGUCAACUUCAAAUACUCGACUCAGUUGAAGGACGUCACAGCUACGGAUGGCGAAGCACUCAAGCGACCUGGAGCCCGGUCAUCUUUGUUUGACCGAGUCCGCAAGAGUAAGGCCUACGACUUUUUCCUGGCUUACGGCUUGCCCCCCGAGACCGUGGUAUCCAAUCGACUCAACGCGAAAAUGAACAAUCAGCGUGUUGUCGCUGAUGACCCAUCGGAGCAUCCAGUCGACUUGGCAGACAGCUUGACGGACGGCGACUUCUCCACUGCCGAUUCUGUGAUUGGUGCUGCUCGUCAAUUGUAUGCCGAGGAGUUGUUUUCCAGUCCAAGGCUACGCAAGUGGAUGCGUGAGCAUUACUUUGGGAAUGCUGUCUUCAACUGUCGUCGUACCGAAAAAGGCCUGCGCAGAAUCGAAGAGUCGCACCCUUUCUAUGAGAUCAAAUACGCCAUCAAUCUCCAGCCGCAAGAUUUCGCUCGGAGGCCAGAACUUUUCUUGAAGAUGAUGAAGGCUGAAGAAGAAGGUCUGGUCGAGGUCAAGUUGUCCCUUCAGGAUGAACGCGAAUUGAGGCGACAGUUUUUCCAAGACUUUGCAUCCGAUAACUUCAGCGAGAAAGCAGACGCCUGGAACGACGAGCGCAAGAAGGUACUGGACUCCGCGCUGUCAAAGCUAGACAAAAUGAUGGUUAAAGCCGUUAAAGAUGGUAUGCGCACACAGUGCCAGGAAUCUAUUCUCAAGAUUUGUCGAGAAGAAUAUACCCGCAGACUCGACCAAGCACCUUACAAGCCCAAGGGGAUGGUUCUGGGCACAACGCCUCGCGUUCUCGCGCUUUCAAACGGAAUGGGUGAUCCGGGCCGAGAGAAGAUCUCGUAUGCUUGGGUCGAGGAAGACGGUCGCGUAAUCGAAUCCGGCCAGCUGGGUAACUUAGCUCGGGAUGAGGAGGCUCGCGAACAGUUCGCAGAACUGGUUAGAAGACGAGAACCCGACGUCAUCGCUGCCAGUGGGUUCUGCGCCGACACGCACAAACUCGUCAAGGACUUAGAGAACCUCGUCAACGAGAAGGGUCUCAUGGGACCUGAAUAUGACGACCAGGAAACCAACGAACUCCGCACAGAUUUGCUUGAAGUCAUGGUUGUCAACGAUGAGGUCGCCCGCCUCUACAAAGACAGUCCCCGAGCGAUAGCUGAACACCCGACAUUGCCCUCUCUCACCAGAUACUGUGCUGCCCUUGCACACUAUCUUCAGAACCCGCUCAAAGAGUAUGCGGCACUAGGCAAAGAUAUAAUAUCGUUGUCUUUCCACCCUUGCCAAAACUUGCUCCCUCCAGAGAAGUUGAACAAGUACCUCGAGACGGCAAUGGUGGACAUGGUGAAUCUCUGCGGUGUCGAUAUCAAUGAGGCUGUUAAGGAUCCCUACACUGCUAAUCUGUUGCCGUACGUAUCUGGUCUCGGCCCACGGAAAGCGCAAGCCGUCAUCAAGGGCAUCAACAUGAAUGGCGGUGUCGUGAACUCGCGAGACGAACUCGUGGGUGAUCCCGACAACAACAAGCUCCCCGUCGUCGGCCCGAAGGUCUGGGACAACUGCGCCAGUUUCCUGUUUAUCGAAUACGACACCUCCAAUCCCCAUUCGGAACCGUUGGACAAUACUCGAGUACACCCAGAGGAUUACGAGCUCGGACGCAAGAUGGCGGCUGACGCACUAGAACUCGACGAAGAAGAUGUCAAAGCCGAGACCGACGAGAACGGACCUGGUGCUAUUGUUCGUAAACUCUUCCGGGACGACGAGCAAGAAAAGGUCAACGAGCUUGUUCUUGAGGAAUACGCUGAACAGCUGGAGGCGCAAUACAGCCAGCGGAAGCGCGCAACGCUUGAGACUAUCAGGGCGGAACUGCAGGCGCCAUACGAAGAGUUGCGACGGCACUUCAUGACCCUUAGUUCUGAUGAGAUAUUCACUAUGUUUACUGGAGAGACCAAGGAAUCUCUGGCGGAGGACUCAAUCAUCCCCGUAAACGUUCGGAUUGUCAAGGACGACUUCGCUAUAGUCAGGCUUGACUGUGGCAUCGAAGGUCGUAUCGAAGCUCACGAGGUGUCAUACCGUUCUUCAGUCAAGGAUGUCCUGUCCGUCGGCCAAACGGUUCAGGCGAAACUUCUGGAGAUUGACCGUAAGGCUUUUCUGGCCAAAUUGACGGUCCGCGAGGAUAUGCUACGGCGACCCAAUAGGAGGCACGAUUAUGACCGCAACAUGUGGGACUUCCGACAAGAAGAAGAGGACAAGGAGGAGCUCAAAGAGAAGGAUAGGACUACCGGCCGGACGCAGCGUGUCAUCAAACAUCCCCUAUUCAAGCCCUUCAACGCCACACAAGCCGAAGAGUGGCUCGGAUCCCAGUCCCCGGGAGAAGUAGUCAUCAGGCCAUCAUCCAAGGGUAAUGAUCAUCUUGCAAUAACGUGGAAGGUGGCAGACGGCGUCUAUCAGCACGUCGAUGUGCUCGAACUGCAGAAGGAGAAUGAAUUCUCCGUCGGCCGUUUGCUCCGUGUGGGUGGCAAGCACUCGUACACCGAUCUCGAUGAGUUGAUCGUCGACCACGUGAAGGCCAUGGCCAAGAAGGUCUCUGAGUUGAUGCAGAGCGAGAAGUUUCAAAAAGGCUCGAAGGCUGAGCUUGAAAAAUGGCUCACCACCUACAUGGACGCCAACCCCAAUCGUUCGAGCUACGCCUUCUGCAUCGACAGUAAACAUGCAGGCUACUUCUGGCUGUGCUUCAAGGCCAAUAGAGCGUCACGGGUCAUGGGCUGGCCGGUACGUGUCGUGCCGAACGGUUUCGAGUUCUUGAAGAACCAGUACCCAGAUGUGAGGGCACUUACGAAUGGUUUCAAGAUGAGGUAUCAAAGCGAGAUCCAGCGCAUUUCAGUGAAUGAGAGGAAUAAAGGGCGCGAAUUCCAUCAGCGUCAUUUCUAUGUGCGGGGCCAAUUUCAUGUCGCAAGCGUUCGAAGCAGCAUGUUGAUCAAUGGUGUCUACAUGUCUGCAGCGCCCUAUUCUUCAGUUUUACAGCCUAGGCAUAACUUUGCAGCGCCCAUCCCACUUCCGGAUAUUCGGUAUCCUGAGUGGAAUAUGGCUGUGCUAUGGUCACUUCCAACGUUCGAAGUUCUUCCUCAAUGUCUAGCCCUCAUCGCAGUCGCAGUGUCACUCCAGCCGGUACACCUCUCACCGGUGUCGGAACUGAAUGUUCCUCUCUCCAAUACUCGCCCAACCACGAACAUGGUUGUGUCUUGUCCUUACAAGUCAUUCCUCAUCUGGUAUAUAUUGACAGAGAGCAUGGACUUCUCCAGAGUUGAGUCAGCUGAAAUUCUGGCACCAAAAACAGAGGAAAUGACACAACUCGCUCAGCCACGUCGUCUGUCAGUUGUUGCAUGCAUAUUGCAACCCUCCCUCCUUUCUGCAAGCGCCGGCUGA